AUGUCUACUCCUGCUGGCGACGAUGAUGACGAGGAGAACUGGGUCGACGAUGAGCCCAUGGCCGGCCCUCACCCGGUCACGUCCUUCCUCACAAAUCGACUUUAUACUAUGUUCCAAGGCGCAUCAAAGAACGCCAUUAAAUUUGUGCCCGAUCUCUUCCGCAGAGCACCGCCCUCACCGCCACCGCCUUAUAUGACACCACCAACGGACUCGACGCCGGUUCACACCCUUCCUGCCGAGCUUCUCGCCGAUAUAUUCCAGCUCGGGCAGGACGCUCACGCCGAGUUGCAUGAGGAGAUACAUGCGGACGUCGAUGAGGAUGACGAGGACGAGUUCAUGCCUUUCGAGAUCUUGGCCAGUCAUGUCUGCAAGCGAUGGCGCGAUGUAGCCUUGGGUACACCCAGUCUGUGGGUAUACGUCGACUUCGGCGAAGGACCGCCUUUCGAACGUUCCAUCGCGUACCUCGAGCGCUCUCGCGAGGCUCCUCUUGAAGUCGUUAUCGACUGCACCAGCGACUCUGACGAUGAGUCUGACGAUUCGGACGGGCCUGAGCAUGAACACGAGCACGAUGACGGAAAUGAGACGGAGGAAGUCAGCGAGGACGAAGGCGAGGAGAUCGCCGUGCUCCCCGAGCCCGAGCACGCACCUCCACCGCCGCCGAGCCCACCCGACACCAUGUCAUCUCUCGCUUCCCGCGGCCGCACCCACUCAUCCGACGGCGGGUCCACCCACAAAGCAUCCAACGACGGCAAAGUCAAACCCUCCGAUCUACCCACCGUCCGCGACCUUAUCCUCCCACAUGCCGCUCGCUGGCGCUCAUUCGACUUCCGCGCCUCGUCUUACGCAGUCGUACACGGCAUCUUGCACGCUCUGGCCCCUAUCGCCGAGCUUCCCACGCUCGAAGAGCUGCAGUUACACCACUACGAGGAGAACGACGAGGAUGAUGAGCAUUUCCCUUAUAAGGAAAUGAUUGGGCCCGUGUUGCCGUUCAAUGGCAAGGCGCCGAGGAUAAAGAGUGUUUCGCUCUGGGGUGUCCAUCUUGACUGGGAGAACUGCUCGUUCUUGCGUUCGCCGACGCUUCAACAUCUCGAGCUGGCGUACCACGCUCUGGAUGUACGGCCGUCGUACGAUGCAUUCAAGGCGAUCUUGACGGACGCACCACUCGUCGCGCUCAGCCUCUCUUCGUCCUCACCCUCCGACUCUCCAGCGAACUGGCCGACAGCCAAGAUCAGCGUCAACACCCUAACGGCCCUAACCCUCGGUCAGCUCCCUCCACCGCACGUCUCAGCACUCCUCACGCGCCUCCACCUCCCCUCUCUCAAAUUCCUCGCGCUCGACUUCGAUCCAGACGACCACUCCGGUACACUCGAGAUCCUCUCACACCCCACGCAAGGUCUCGCGCGCGGUCUCGAAACGCUCAAGCUGAACGGCAUGCACGCUAGCUCAGCAGCUCGGAAGACGUUCUAUGCUGCGUUAAGCGGGGUGCGGGAGUUGAGGAUACAGGCUCAUCAUCUGCCCGAACAUUUCGUUGAUGCCCUUAUCCCCGGUGCACUAGACGAAGGCGAUUCCGACGCCGACGAGCCCGCUCCUCCUCCCGGCUCCGCAAACGGCGCCAUCAAAAAACACGCCUUGACACUUCCUCUCCUCCACACCCUGAUCAUCAUGGGCGUCGAAGGCGAAGUCAUUCGCUCGCUCGUCGCCGCGCGCAGUGCGGAAGGCGCACCGCUCAAGACGUUGUUAGUUGAGCGCGGCGACGAGAUUGCGCAGGAGGACGAGGAGUGGCUGAGGAAGAAUGUGGAGGAGUUCGAUUAUUAUGAUGAUUCUGAGGACGAGGAUGAUAUUGAGGAGUUGGAUAUUGAGGAUGGGAUGGAGAUCGAUAUGAUGGAUGAGGAUGAGGAGAUGGGGAGCGGGAGCGAGAGUGAGGAUGAGGAUGGGAGCGAGGAGGGUGGGCUUGACGGGCCGCCGAUUGGUUUGGAUGUUGAUUGA